AUGGGGAACGGGUCAAGAUCGGACAUUUUCGCGGAAACCUCGAGCAAACUGCUAGAACAUGGGCUGGAACCGCCAGGUUUGCGCUCAGUUUCUCUGCGACCUGGAAGUUCGCAAUCCGAGACUGUGCCGAUGUCCCCGCGCGCCUUCUCCAAAGGUGGUAGUCCAAAGCGCGCUCUCACCACAAGCCGUUUCGACGAGUGGUCGAAGAAGCAGGAGGUGAAGAAGACGGAGCAGGCCAAGGAGUACGAAGAGGAAUGUCGCAAGAUGGAGAGGGCUACGGAGUCAAUCCAAGCUCUGAAGACCAGCACUUUGCUGAAUGACAAGAACGUGGCGGCCGAAGUGAUGCACAAGAAGGCCAUUCACGACCUCAAUGACAUUCGCCGCAUCUUCUCCCACUUUGACCAGGAUGGCUCCGGCUUUAUCGAGCCGCCGGAAUUCAUCCCAUUGCUUGCCAAGCUCCUCCGUCGGCCGGCGGAGGACCUCGACCGAGGAGAGGUCUGGGCGGUCUGGGACCAGGUUGAUGCCGACGGCAGUGGCAGCAUCGACUUCGAUGAGUUCCAGAAGUGGUACGCAGAGCUUAUGGGAAUCGACAUUCUCGAUUACAAGCAGAAUUUCAUUCCAGAUGACAUUUCGGAAGAUCAGAAGAUGGUCCGGAGCGUUGCCAAAAGUCUGGGCCGAACUAUCCUGGAAGUGGAGAAGCUGUAUGACGAGUUCAGGAAACUCGAUGCAGAUAACUCCAACACCCUCGAGAGAGAUGAGUUCAAAGUCUUGAUUCAGCGGCACUUCGCACCAAAAGGUCCUGAAGUGCCCGAGCACGUCUUCAAGAUGUUCUGGAAGGAUUUCGACAAGGAUGGCAAGGGCUCUGUGACUUUCAUUGGAUUCGUUAAAUGGUACCUGAAGUUCAUGAAAGGCGACCAGGACCCGAUGCAGAUGCUGCUGGAAUGCAACUGUAAGGGUGCAUGCUGCAGUCGACAGGCGAGUGUGGCGUCUUUCAGUGACGGUGUCUCGGGGAGUGACAUCUUUGCUUCGCUCUUACUGUUUGGGUAUCCCUUUAGCGGCCACAUUGGAGAGCACUGGGUGGUGUGCAUUUUCUACAAUCUCGGGACAGUCGCUCCUCCCUCAACCCUAAACCCCCAAACCCUUACUAAACCCCGAACCCUCCCUCCAUACUCCUUCGGCCAAUCCUCUCCAAGCCCAAGCCAUGGGCAGAGCUUUUACGGACACUGA